AUGCAGAAUGCGAAGAUGGAUGGGCUAGCUCACUGGCGAGUGGUGAAGGCGGAGGUGGGGAAAAAGAUGGUGGUGGUGGUGGCGCAAUACGCUGAGAGAGACGCCCAUCGUCGUUUUGAUGUCGCUCGGAAGCGGCGACUUGGGAUGCUGCCUGCGGCGUUGGCGUUGGCGGCUGCAGCAGCUGUCAUGUCCACAGGGUCGUCCUGUUGGCGGACAUCCCUGCGCGUGCUACGCGAGCAUGAGGGAUGGUUGAGCAGGCGGGUGUGGACUUCGUCACAUAGGUCUGCUCGUAGACCCUUAGAGAAGUAG